AUGCUGGUCCUUUUUGAGGUCGCGGCUGGUUAUGCUAUUUUCAAAGUGAAUAAUGAAAAGAAGCUCAAAAAUGUGGACAAUAUUUGGGAAGAAUUUAAUUCUCCAGAAAAGGCACAAGAAAACUUGCAACUUGUGGCAUUCAAGAAAUUCAAGACGACUGCCUCAGCUGUGGAAGCGGCUUCUGAAAUAACCGAAGGAAAACUCAGCAAAACCUUGAAGAAAUUGUUGAAAGGGAGUGUCAAUGAGACCGAGAAACUAGCCGUUGGUGAUGCUAAACUUGGCAACCUUAUUAAGGAAAAACUGUCUCUCAACUGUGUUCAUGAUAAUUCUAUUAAUGAAAUCAUGAGAGGAGUUCGUGCCCAUAUUGAAGAUUUGCUUGCUGAGCACAAGAGUGAGAUGAACGCCAUGAAUCUUGCGGUGGCUCACUCUUUGGCGCGUUACAAGGUGAAAUUCAAUCCUGAAAAAAUUGACACAAUGAUAGUGCAGGCUGUUUCUCUUCUUGACGAUCUUGACAAAGAGCUGAACAAUUACGUGAUGAGAGCACGCGAGUGGUAUGGAUGGCACUUCCCGGAACUUGGAAAAAUUGUCCAGGACCAUCAAGCAUAUGCUAAAAUCGUGAAAGCGAUUGGAAUGCGCCAAAAUGCGAUUAAUACCGAUUUGUCUUCGAUUCUUCCGGAAGAGUUAGAAGCUAAACUGAAGGAAGACGCAGAAGUGUCUAUGGGUACUGAUAUUUCUGAAAUCGAUCUCAUUCAUAUCAAGGGUCUCUGCGAUCAAGUGAUUGAACUUUCUCAAUACAGGGCUCAAUUGUUUGACUACCUCAAAAAUAGAAUGAAUGCUCUCGCACCAAACGUUACAGUACUUCUUGGAGAGUUGGUCGGAGCGCGCUUGAUCUCACAUGCUGGAUCUCUUGUCUCACUUGCAAAAGCUCCAGCGUCGACUAUUCAGAUAUUAGGAGCUGAGAAAGCUUUGUUCCGUGCUCUUAAAACGAAAAAAGACACUCCAAAGUAUGGAUUAAUUUAUCAUGCCCAACUCAUCACGCAAGCGCCGCCUAAGGUCAAAGGAAAAAUGGCUCGUAAAUUAGCUGCUAAAUGUUCUCUCGCCUCAAGGAUUGAUGCUCUUUCUGAAGAAACAACAGGAAAUGAGAUUGGAGUAGAAUGCCGCGCAUCACUUGAAAAUAUCCUUCGAACCGAAUCGGAAAGAGGGACUUCAAAACGUCAGAGUUUCGGCACUCACCAUCAUAGCAAAUACGAGUUCAAGAGUGAAACGUAUGAGUAUGAUGAAUCGGCUGAUGCGGUCAAAGGAAAGAAGCAUAAACGGUUUGGUGAUGACGACGAUCACAACACUAGCGCCGUAAAAAAGUUGAAGAUCGAAGAAGUUGAUCCGGAAGAACCAGUUAAGGAAAAGAAAGAUAAGAAGAAAAAGUAA